UGCCCAAAACUGUUUAUCCCGUCCAUAUGAAAACAAUAGGCCGAGUGUGGUUCUUUUGAAUGGGCCUCACCGAAAGUUCGAGCCCAGUGAAACUGUUUCACAAUUCAUUUUCCAUUCCAAUCUUAACGAAGCAGUGGAAAAGAAAAAGGAAAUUGGUUCUUCUGAAACUGAAUCGAAGUAACGAAGGAAGCAGAAAAGGAUUCAAGAAUGGUGAAAGUGGCAACGUACUUCGGCAUGUCCUUGGCAGCUUUCGUUUUCUGGCAAUCCAUGGACAAGGUCCAUGUCUGGAUCGCUCUUCGUCAAGACGAAAAGCAAGAGAGGUUGGAGAAGGAAGCGGAGAUCAGAAGGGUCAGAGAAGAAUUGCUGCGGCAGCAAGCUAAUCAGAAGGAUUCUUCUUAUUGAAUUGAAACAUGUUGUAAUUUUUCUAUCCUUUGCUUUGUAAUUUCGUCAUAUGCUCGAAUAAAAUCGUGUACUGGAUGAGCAUUUUAAAUUUAAUUGAGUGGAUAUCUAAGGGUGGCCUUUGUUUUUUCUACACAUAAUAUUGUUCCAUAAAACGGUACUUGCCGGUAAUUUUAAGAUAAGAACAAUACUGGCUUUGUUUGUUCUUUUCUGCGGAUUAGCUCUUCGCACCGGUUAUGAACUAGAUUUUAACCGUUUA